CCUGUUCGGGUAGAUCUACUGUGUCUUUGAUCUUCCUGCCGACGUCCAUGUCCAGCCCGGCGUCUGCUGGUCCAUCUUCUCCCCCCGGGGGAGCCGCGGAGGGGCGAGAGGAGGGCCAGGUGGUGCGAAGUGCGCCGACUGGGUCCGCUGGACCGGCGAAGGAUCUGGCAUCCAGCUCCCUGACCACCGGGUCUCCUGUGCCCGAGCUUCUUGGCCGUUGGAGUCGCAUCAUUGGCCUGAUCGCUGAUGACCCCCAAAAUGCGGCACCCCCGCCGUCACGGCUCCAGUCCUUGCGACACCUGCGCACAGCGAAGGCCACUCGGGCCUCUCCCCGAUCCCGACACAUCGUACAGAUGGCCCCUUCAUCUGGAGCAGCGCAUCGGCCCCCUCCCAAGCAUGCGCCUGUUGAGACUGGGACUGCCUUCUCUUUCCCCGCCACGUCCGAUAUGCCAGAGGGGGCUGCCACUUCAGCAAAGGCCCCUGUAAUCAAGAGCGAGCCUGCCUCGGCCGACAAACCGGCGCCCCCGUCGAAUGGCCGUGCUCCUGGGCCGGCCGCCAUGAUCAAGAUCUCGGAUGACUUGUUCAUGUCCACCGACGCAACACAACUUUCGGCCGAGGAUGUGGGCUAUCGGCAUGAGGACCAUCGCCCCUCAUCCCAUCGUCUGUGGAAUUACCUCCCGCGGCUGGACUCGCUGAUGCCGCGAAUCUAUGGACUAUUGAAGUCUCCAUCAGCUCGCUUUGUCCAGCUCCAGGAUCAACUCGUCGCACGCGAGGCGGAGGCUGAGCAGGAAAUUCGCGAUUUCGAGCAGCAGCUCCGCGAGCGUGAGCAACGCCAGCGCGAGGCCGAACGGCUGGCCGAGCUGGAGCGUCAACAACGCGAGGCCGCGGCUCAGCAGAAGCUUCGUCGGCCCCUUCCGAAGGUGGUCCGCCUGAAUGCGGAGCAAAGUAGCGAUGUCCAUCGCCGGGUGUGGACCCGCCAGGGGGGCGUGCUGGCCAGCCGGUUCAAUGUUGACAUCACCCGCCAGGAUGUCCUCACGCUGAAGGGGACAUCAUGGCUGAAUGACGAGGUGAUCAACUUCUACGGGCAGUUGAUCAUGGAACGCGCCGGCAAUGCCCAAGCCCAUGGGUUGCCCUCGGUUCAUUGGUUCAGCACCUUCUUUUACUCGACCCUGGCCAAGGAUGGCUAUGCUCGGGUCCGGCGAUGGACCCGGCGCGUGGACAUCUUUUCCAAGGAUCUGCUCCUGGUACCGGUGCAUCUCGGCAUGCACUGGUGCAUGGCGGCCGUUCACUUCCCCGAUCGGCGGAUCAUCUACAUGGACAGUCUCGGCGCGCGAAACGACGAGUGCCUGGAUCUUUUGUUGAUGUACCUCGACCAGGAAAGUCGCGACAAGAAGGGCACACCCUUCGAUGUGACUGACUGGGAAACCGAGUGCCUUAGCGCAAUUCCGCGACAGAAGAAUGGCUACGAUUGCGGGGUAUUCGCAUGUUCCUUUGCCGAGUGCCUUUCGCGCGGAAUUGGGUUUGAUGGACGCUUCAACUUCACCCAAGCCGACAUCCCAGCCGUGCGUGAGCGCAUGGCCUACGAAAUUGCCCAUUGUCGACUGCUAGAAGGGUAGCGCCCCUGGGGCCACCUCAAUACAAAACAAAUUACCACCUCCACCGGGGUGAGGCUGCUUGGUCU